UUUUGUUGAGCCAUGCCACCUGGCAACACUGGCAGACUUCCAGCAGCUGGCUUAUCUUAUCUAUUUGUGUGGUAUUUUUGGGUGCAUUCCAAAAAUUGCAUUGUCAAAAUCGGUUUUACAGCACGCUGCUCCUUGAUCGUUCACCUGGCGGAAGAGGGCGCAGUUGAUCUGCGAACAGAGUUCCACGCGCUGGAGUCCCACAGUUUUGCAUGCAUUGUAUUUCGUUGUGCGAUCGGUUGGCAAGGCACCACUUGUAGCAUUCCGUAGGACAGGACAGGACAGGACAGGACAGGACAGGACAGGACAGGAUAGCCGGAUAGGAUGAGCUGCUUCAGUGCGAUGAGUGCCCCAUUGCUAGGCGAGAUGGAGCAGACCAUCGGGAUGCUGGAGCGGGGCACCAUCGUGACCAAGCUGUACGGGAAGCAGCGGCGGCCGGACCGUCGCCACCUGAUGCUCAUCCGGGAAACGCGCCAGCUGCUCUGGGCCACGGUGGCCACGCAGACACCACGCACCGACUACGAGGGCGCCAUCCAGCUGCGCGAGAUCCGGGAGAUCCGGGUGGGCAAGCACUCGAAGGAGUUCCGCCUGUCCGCCGACGAGUGCCAGCGGUUCGAGAGCAGCAAGUGCUUCGUCAUCCUGCACGGCAGCCACUUCAAGCUGAAGAGCUUCUCGGUGGUGGCCCUGUCGGAGAUCGAGGCGGACAACUGGGUGAGGGGGCUGCGCUACAUGGUGCGGGACACCCUCGCCGCUCCCUACCCCCUCCAGAUCGACCGCUGGCUGCGCCGGGAGUACUACCAGAUCGAGAACGUCAACUCGCACUCGGCGAAGGCCACGGAUCAGUCGCCGGCGCAGGUGACCAUCAAGGACUUCAAGCUCUUCCUGGCCGGCGUCAGCUGCAAGAUGACCACCGGCAAGUUCAUGGAGCACUUCACCGAGGAUGUGCGGCGCAAACACGACCUCAAAUUCGAUGACUUCUCGCGGCUCUACCAGAAGCUGCUCUUGCCCAACGGCUUUGCCGGCAUCCUGUCCGGAUCCGGUGCGAGUUCAGCUGCAACUGGCUUUCCCUACUCCGAGGAUCAGAUGGUGGUGCGGCCGGCGGAGCUGAAACAGUUCCUGGAGGCGGAACAGAGCGACGGAGGCAGCAGCAGCAGCGGCGGCAGCAGCAGCGAGAUUAGCAGCGCCUCCAUUGCCGCCUUCAUACGGGACUUUGUCCAGGACGUGGAGCGGGAUGUGCAGGAGCCGUACCUGACCUUCUCGGAGUUCGCGGACUUCCUGUUCUCCAAGCAGAACGACCUGUGGAACAGCAAGUUCGACUCGGUGUUCAUGGACAUGAACCUGCCGCUGUCCUCCUACUGGAUUGCCUCUUCGCACAACACCUACCUGACCGGCGACCAGUUCUCCAGCGAGUCCUCCUGCGAGGCCUACGCCCGCGCCCUGCGCAUGGGAUGCCGCUGCAUCGAGCUGGACUGCUGGAACGGGCCCGACAACCUGCCCUACAUCUUCCACGGCCACACCAUGACCUCCAAGAUCAAAUUCAUGGACGUCAUCAAGACCAUCAAGGACCACGCCUUCGUCACCUCCGAGUACCCGGUGAUCCUGUCCAUCGAGCAGAACUGCUCCCUGGAGCAGCAGCGCAACAUGGCCCAGGCCCUCAUCGAGGUGUUCGGGGAAAUGCUGCUGACCCAACCUUGUGACCGGAACGAGAAGCACCUGCCCUCGCCCUACCAGCUGCGUCGCAAGAUAAUCCUCAAGCACAAGAAGCUGCCGCAGUUCGAUGACAUCAGCAACGGGAUUUCGGGCACUGGGUCGUUGGGCCCCAGAUCCUCGCUGGCCAGCGGAGGCGGAGGCGGUGGAGUCCACGGGGAGAACGAUGGCGAGAAUGUGCGCAAGGUGUUCAAGGAGGGACUGCUGUACUUCAAGGAUCCGGUCGACAAGACCUGGAACCUUUACCAGUUCGUGCUUACGCACCAGGAGCUAAUCUACUCCUCGGAGAUCAACGAGUCGCGCAACGGGAACUCGGAGGACGACGACUUUGGGCUAUCCUCGUCCUGUUCGCUGAACAGCAACAUGCAGCAGAAGCAGAAGGACACGUCAGCCAACGAUGAGCUGCACUUCGGCGAGAAUUGGUUCCAUGGAAAGCUGGAAGGUGGCAGGAAGGAAGCAGACGACCUGCUGAAGAAGUAUAAACAUUUUGGAGACGGAACGUUUCUAGUACGCGAAUCGGCCACAUUUGUAGGGGACUACAGUCUAUCGUUUUGGCGUAGGAACCGACCCAAUCACUGCCGCAUUAAGUUGAAGCAUGAGAACGGCUCCAUCAAGUACUAUUUGGUGGAGAACUUCGUUUUCGACUCACUUUACUCCCUGAUCGUUUACUACCGCAAGAACAUGUUGCGCAGCUCGGAGUUCUCGAUCAUACUGAAGGAGCCUGUCCCCCAGCCGAAAAAACACGAGGAUCAGGAGUGGUUCCACCCAAACACCACCAAGGAGCAGGCCGAGCAGGGUCUCUUCAGACUGGACAUCGGCUCGUUCCUGGUGAGGCCGUCGGUGCAGAGCAUUAACGCCUUCGUGAUCUCGUUCACCAUCAAUCGGAAGAUAAAGCACUGCCGCAUCAUGCAGGAGGGCCGUCUGUACGGCAUCGACACGAUGAACUUCGAGUCCCUGGUCUCGCUCAUCAACUACUACACCCGGAACCCGCUCUACCGCAAUGUCAAGCUCAGCCACCCGGUCUCCCAGGAGCUGCUGCGCCAGGCGCUGGCGGAGAUCGCCCACGGCGAGCAUGGUGGCGGCCUCGACGACAACGGGGCCUCCAACUACAUGGGCUCCAACCUCGAGGAGUACGUCACGUGCAAGGCCCUCUACAGCUACAAGGCGAACAAGCCGGACGAGCUCUCCUUCCCCAAGCACGCCAUCAUCACGAACGUGCAGAGGGACAACUCGAUGUGGUGGAUUGGUGACUACGGCGGUAUGAUAAAAAAACAUCUGCCGGCCAACUACGUUAAGGUUAUUGAUUCCGCCACGGAAGACUACAGCUCGUUGAAUGAGGAGGGUACCGACAGCCGAACCGACUCCAUUGAGAUAUUCGGGGCUGUGGCCUCGCUCUUUGAGUCCAGCGAUCCGGGCAUCAUCUUCAAGCUGCAGAUACAAACGCCAACGAUGCAGAAUCCGUUCGUGAUUGGCUUCGACAACCAGGAAACGGCCUACGAGUGGAUUAAGGCCAUCCAGGAGGCGGCCCUCAUCGCCAGCCAGCUGGCAUCGGAGCGCCGAAAGAAGGAACGCACCGCCCGAGUGGCCAAGGAGAUGUCCGACCUGAUCAUCUACUUCCGCAGCGUGCCCUUCCGCGAGCACUCGUGGAUAUUCCAGGAGAUGUCCAGUUUCCCCGAAACGAAGGCGGAAAAGCAGUUCUUCCAGCAGAACACCCAGCUGUUCCUCUGCUACCACCGCAACCAGAUCAGUCGAGUGUACCCGAAGGGCCAGCGGUUGGACUCGUCCAACUUCAAUCCCAUGCCAUUCUGGAAUAUCGGAUCGCAGAUGAUCGCCCUCAACUACCAGACGGGUGACAAGGCCAUGCAGCUGAACCAGGCCAAGUUCAGGAACAACGGCCAGUGCGGCUACAUCUUGAAGCCGGUGUUCAUGAAGUCCGAUGGCUUCCACCCCAACACUCCCUUGUCCGACCACUCCAGCGAGGUGAAUGUGAGCAUUCGCCUUAUUGCGGCCCGCCACCUGUUCCGGGGUGGCAAGUCCAACAAUCCGCAGAUCGUGGUCGAGAUAGUGGGGGCCAGUUAUGACACGGGCGUCAAGUAUCGAACCAAGGUCAACGAAAACGGCUUCAAUCCCGUGUGGAACGAAACGUGCGAGUUCGUCGUGCGCAAUCCGCAGUUCGCGAUCCUUCGCUUCGAGGUUCAGGACGAGGACAUGUUCGCCGAGACGCACUUCAUUGCCCAGGCCUGCUAUCCACUGACCUGCAUACGCCAAGGCUACCGCAGCGUCAUCAUGUGCAACAAGUUCAGCGAGGAGCUGGAACUGUCCUCCUUGCUGGUCCACAUCAAGAUUGCGAAUUCCACUUCCCCAUAGUUAAGUAUACUGGAUCGAUCAUUGAAAGGUGUAUGCAUGUUCAGCUGAAUGGAUGGUUCGAUUGUUUGAGAAACAAUUGUAGAAACUGAAAGAGAGCAAGGAUGCGAAGCAAUUUGUCAGACGCUGUAAAUACACCAUGGCAUCAAACUAUGACCUGAUUCUACGACUCAUAUUAGCUUUAGCAGGGAGACACAUCAUUUGAUUUCAUUAGGAUUCAUUUUAGUUCCCAUCAGAGCUAUACAAUCAAUAACAACACGGGAACACAGAAUUCAAUUUUUUUGAAAUUUCCACGAACCAUGUAGUCACACACACACAUAUCACAUAUUGGUUCCGACAUUUCGACAUUUUCAAUUAUGUCGCCCAAACAGUUUACAUUAACCAAUUGCUUGUGCUGAAACAGACUCUCUAUGAACUAUCGCACAAAAAGGUACCCAAAUUUAAAAUCUUACAUGUUUUUAAAUUACUCUUAUUGUGAAGUGAUUUAGAAAUUAUGGAAAUAAUUGUAAUAUUCUUUGUAAUCUACUCUUCUCUCAAUGUUUUCUUAAAGUUUUCAUAAGGUCAUUUUAUUUGUAAAAGCAUACUAUGUUUUUUCUCCAAAUUAAAUAAAUAAAUAGCAUAAAUGCAUCAUAACAGUAUUUAUGAAUUUAUCUUACUGUUGUAGGCUGCCAUAACUUAUUUAAAAUUGGAGAAAAGAUAGCAGUAGAUAAUAACCCAAAAAUUGUGCUUUUAAUGCAAUAAGGAUCCAAUUAAUAUCCUUCAAAAUAAUAUUUAAACCGAAAAAAACACAGAAGCCUGUAGAUUCCAAGAGAAUUUAAAAUUGUUUCCAUUGAAGAUAUUUUUGUUAGAGGCGCUCUAAUCUUGGAAUAAUUGUUAAAAAUUAUAUAUUUAACAGUGAAAAUCGGUGAUGUGUAGAGUGCAUCAGCAAAAAAAUAUUAAUUAAUUCUAGUUAUAUGGGCCCCAUUAUUAAAAAUGGCGGACUUUUACAGGGAGCACACAUAUAUCAUGGAAAAAUACAAAAGGUUCGUGGAAUUUUUUGGUUGUGUACCUGUGUAACCAAGAUCGUACAUACUGAAACUUAAACUAAAUUGUUGAAGCCCCUACGGAUAAGUUUAACGUUUUCUUCUUUUUUCUUUCUUUUUUCUCCUGAAUCGAAGUCUUGUUCACCAAUUAAUGUUCCAUUACCGUAAAGUUUUUCCCGAAUAUCGAAUGCACCACCGAAAUUGAACUAAAACCGGUCAUUUUGAUAUAUAAGGAAAUUAAAAAAAAAUAAUUUUCUAGUACAGAACACGUUUAGCGUUUAUUAUUUUUUGUUUAGUUAUACCUACAUUUUGUGAAAUUUUGAAAGAGUCAUGCCAAUCUAACAUCCUUUAUUCUUUCAUCUGACCUAAUGUCGUAGUCUAUCAAUUACACUUUUAGUUAAGACUUUAAGUCAAGAGAACAAAAUAGCAAGAAUAAGUUAAAACUAUCCACGAAGGUUAUUUGCCCUGAAUUAGGUUUCGAACCACUACUUUUCAACAUGUAGCCCUAAUCCUGUUUUAGUUUCGACAUUUAACUCUUACUUAGCCAAGUAUAACCAUUUUGCAUGGAUAAACUUAAAUAUUCAAAAUAUUUGUUUGACAUUAUUGAUAGUUAUUGUUUUUUUUACUUCAUCAUUAAAAAGGUUAAAUAUUAUUUUUCAACCCAAAAAUGUUUAAUUUGUCGAAGGUAUUUUUUGUUUUCGAAAGCUAAAAGUUAAUCUAUUCUAAUCAAAUUUUAAUCUCAUUUUAAUUAAAAUGGGCUAGAAGAUACUGAAUCACUUGUUGUGUAUAAUAUCUAUUAAAUGAAACUUGAAUAUCGAACAUUCGAUUCGAAGAUCAAAAGCAAUUCGUGUGAAUAGCAAAAGGGCUUAAAAUGGACUAACGAUUUAGUUUUAUUUUCAAAUCGAAUAAAUUAUUUUAUUGUCCCGCAAGUUAAGCUUUAAGUUCUGUUGAUGAACUUUUGUUAAUUUAAAUGGUUUAAGCCGGCCAAUCAGUUUUCCUUUUUUCUGAUUUUGUUUGAAUCGCAAACAACUAAAAAUCCAACCGAUCUUUAUGUAAAACCCUAAAGUCUAACAGGUGUUUGUGUAAAGAGGCCUUUGGAAAAAAAAUUAUUUAAAAAAAAGUUAUACACAUUUUUAAAGAAACAAGGAAAAAUAUUACUGCAA